AUGGCUGAGGAGGCGAUGGCGAGCUAUCUCUACACUGCCUACCACCCCUACACCUACCGCUACCCACCGCCCAAGGGCAAGGGAGGGGCGGCGGGCGGCUGGCGGCCGCGGGGCAGCAGCUACUUCUCGGGCUACGGCGAGGCGGCCGCUGAGUACUUCGACGACUACCAGCGGGCGCAGCUGAAGGCCAUCCUCUCCCAGGUCAACCCCAACCUGACGCCGCGGCUCCGCAAGGCCAACACCAAAGAGGUGGGCGUGCAGGUGAACCCGCGGCAGGACGCCUCGGUGCAGUGCUCGCUCGGGCCCCGCACGCUGCUGCGCCGCCGCCCCGGCCCCGCCGCGCCGCGGCCCCGUGAGGCGGAGCGGGAGCAGGAGCUGGGCAGCCCCGCCACCACCAGCACCCGCGCCGUGCGCUUCCCCCGCACCAUCGCCGUCUACUCGCCCGUGGCGUCCCGCAGACUCACCGCCUUCCUUAAGGAGCCGAGCCCGGAGCCGAAGCAGCGGCCGCAGCAGCAGGACAAGGCGGCGGCCGUCGAGGAAGAGCCGGCCGCGCUGAGGGAGCAGCGGGAGGCGGAGGCCGCUGCCGUGCGGGCGAGCUGGGAGAAGACCCCCGAGGGCGGUGCCGAGCCCCUGGGCCAGCGCCCGGCCGAGCCACUCGCGCAGCGCUCCGCCACCCCUCGGGAGCCAGCGACGGAGGCAAAGCCGGCGGAGCCGGCGGAGGUGACAGAGCCAGCCGAGGCAAAGCCGGCGGAGCCGCCGGCCUCACCCCAGAGGCGGCAGUCGUCGGCGGGCAAGACCCGCCUGCGCUUCCAGUUCCUGGAGCAGAAGUACGGGUACUACCACUGCAAGGCCUGCAACAUCCGCUGGGAGAGCGCCUACGUCUGGUGCGUCCAGGGCACCAACAAGGUCUAUUUCCGUCAGUUCUGCCGGACCUGCCAGAAGUCCUACAACCCGUACCGCGUGGAGGACAUCACCUGCCAGAGCUGCAAGCAGACGCGGUGCACCUGCCCCGUGAAGAUGCGCCACGUGGAUCCCAAGAGGCCCCACCGCCAGGACCUCUGCGGGAGAUGCAAAGGGAAACGCCUCUCCUGCGAUAGCACGUUUAGCUUCAAAUACAUCAUCUGA